AUGGCGGCUGUUCGGAAACCGCAUUAACUUUACACCAUACUAGCAACAACAGCAGCAACCAUGAAAUAUUUUUUACUCGAUGCAUAUUGUAAAUAUCUGCCUCGUACCAUUUAAUACCACUUUAGCUCAUUUUGUGUUGUCUAUCGAUUUGAAAAAAACAUUAGCUGUGCACGACUUGAAAUUGCAAGAAACAAAGGUCAACAAUGUAUUGUCUUUUUUAUGAUGAUGGUAAUUUGAUGUAAAAAUCCCACUUCGAGCAGUGCACUGAUUUACCUUUUCAUACGAGUCGUGCACCGGUUACUUUGAAUCGUCCCCUUUCCAGCAGACGUGUUCCCACCAAAGCUGUGUGGUGAACGUUAGUUUGUUAGGAUCACCUAAAAGAUUAACUUUUGUUUAUUGUCCCCUCCAGUAGCCAGUCACACUGAGACUUUCUUGUUAUAAGCUCAGUUAAGUAGAGCUGGUCUUACAGCUGCGAGCCAUGCCUCCUUAAACUCUGUUACCUGCAUAGUUAGACUCCCAGUGGUAAUGGCUGAUUCUAAACCAAGGCAAAGCAAAAGGCUGCGGGCCAGUACCCGGCGACGUUACCAUGACGAUGGCAUUUCAGAUGAGGAGAUUGAUGGAAAGAGAAUGUUUGACCUGGCGGAGAAAGUCCACAGUGAGAGGUUCAGCUCUGACCGGAUCCUGCGUAUGGAGGGAAGAGACUUAACAUAUGAGUUCAUCCAGAGAGGCGGCUUGAGAGACCCAAUCAUCUUUGACAAGCCUGAUGGAUUGGGGAUCAAGAUGCCUGAUCCUGACUUCAGCGUCAAUGAUGUCAAGAUGUUUGUUGGCAGCAGACGGAUGAUCGAUGUGAUGGAUGUGAGCACUCAGAAGGGGACGGAGAUGUCCAUGGCCCAAUGGACACGUUACUAUGAGACUCCGCCGUCUCUAAGAGAAAAGCUUUAUAAUGUUAUCAGCCUCGAGUUCAGCCACACUAAGCUGGAGAACCUGGUUCAAAGACCUGCCACGGUCGAUCUAAUAGAUUGGGUUGACAACAUGUGGCCUCGUCACCUGAAGGAAAGACAGAGAGACUCAACCAACUCUAUCACUGACAUGCAAUACCCCAAAGUUCAGAAAUACUGUCUGAUGAGUGUUGAGGGCUGCUACACUGACUUUCACAUUGACUUUGGAGGGACCUCGGUGUGGUACCACAUUCUCAGAGGAGGCAAGGUGUUCUGGCUGAUCCCCCCCACUCCUCAGAACCUGGAGCUGUAUGAGAACUGGGUGCUGUCAGGGAAACAGGGGGACAUAUUCCUCGGAGACAGAGCAUCUGACUGCCAAAGGAUUGAGCUAAAGCAGGGCUGCACCUUCAUCAUACCUUCAGGUUGGAUUCAUGCCGUCUACACCCCAACGGACUCCAUGGUGUUUGGGGGAAACUUCCUGCACAGCUUCAACAUCCCCAUGCAACUUAGCAUCUGUAAUAUAGAAGACAGAACACGGGUUCCUUUGAAGUUCCGUUACCCCUUCUACUACGAGAUGUGCUGGUACGUGCUGGAGCGCUAUGUCUUCAGCAUGACAAAGACUUCCUACCUCACCCCAGAGUUUCAGAAGCACACACUGGGCAUUGGUCUGAAAAAGCCGUGCGGCUCAGAUGCAGUCAGUGAGCCGAUGCUAAUGGAGGAGGAAGAAGAGGAAGAGGAGGGUUGCAGUGAAGAAGAGGCCUCGGAGCAGCAGUCCGACAAGCCUGCAGUGAAAGUUCUGUUGACUGCCUUCGAGUUGGAGGGAAUGUGGAACCUGCUGGGUAAACUGGAGGCGCUGCCCUCCAACAAAAAGUGCGUCCCAGCAGGCAUACACAACGCCCCGGCACUCAUCACACACAUAAAGGCUCUGCUGAAGGAACAUGCCAAUGACAAUCAGAAGCUCUCCUUCACCGGAAUUCCUAUCGUCAAGUGGCCGAAGCGACCCAAAUGGUACCAGCCUCCUCCCCCCCCUCCACCUCCUCCUCGUCCUAAAUUUCCGUCUACUCCCAUAAUCCCACGACCCCAGAAACCGGCCUCCUCCAUGUCCGUGCUGAGACGGCGCAGGGUCAGGUGUAAGCGCUGUGAAGCCUGUAUGAGACCAGAGUGUGGAGAUUGUAACUUCUGCAGAGACAUGAAGAAGUUUGGAGGGCCGGGGAAACUCAAGCAGACCUGUGUUCUACGACAGUGUCUCUCUCCGGGCCUUCCUCUGUCUGCAGUGUGUGAGAUCUGCAAGGAGCCUAAUCAGGAGGAAUCUGGAGACCCCUCCCUAACUCUGAUGGAAUGUUCCAACUGUGCACAGAUAGUCCACCCUGCCUGCCUCACGGUGCAGGGGGAAGGAGUGGUGAAUAAAGACCUUCCUAGUUGCUGGGAGUGUCCAAAGUGUGUCCAAGGGAUCACUGACCCCGAGUCAUCAGGCAGCGAUGAAUCGUUGGCUGCCGGCCACCCGCAGCUCAACCGUCCCCCAGGCCCCCUGGUUCUCAGACUGGGCCCCGGGGCCUCUGCUACAUUAGGGGGUCCUGUGGGUACCCACCAGGAUGGGGAGGUGGUCCGCUGUGGUUUCUUCUCUCCCCAUUCUCCUCUUCCUUCCUGCUCUUCCUCCUCCUCAGCGUCACUUCUUUUGGUGGCGGCCCCUCUGCCUUCUCAGCCAAUCAGCUCGAGACUGCAGUACAAAGGAGACAGAAGUGAAGGCGUUCCAGCGAAACGUAAAUCUUCCACCCUGCUGGAUGCUCGCAUGGCAAAAAUCUACCGACGGCAGAGACACAGCCGCGACGGAGAUGACUCCGCCAGUGACGACGACGAAGACGACGAUGAAGCUCCUCACAGAGGGAAGAUGGCUCUAAAUUCCCGGGGCAGCCACUCCUCCAGGAGGGGGUUUGGUGCCAACCGGAGAAGCCUGCUGAGAGGAAGCUCGGCCCACAGAGGAAGCAGAGGAGGGCUCGUGUCUUCUGGCUCCUCCGGCGCCCUCAAGCUAAAGCGGGGGAUGGGCAUGAGGGAGGGAGGGCGGAGGGGGCGAGGGGUGAGGUUGAGGGGAGGCUCUCGGAUGCAGCGAAGAGACGAAUCCGAGGAGUCGGACGACGAUGACGACGACGACGAUGACGACGAUGAGGAUGACGAUGAUGAUGAGGAUGACGAAGAAGAGGACAGUGAAGAUCUGGACAAAGAGAGACUGCAUUGCCAGCGUAGAAGGAAGCACAGGACUGAUGAUGAUGAUGAUGAGGACAGUGAGGGACAGGAGUUUGACCGCGAAGAAGAGGAAAUGGACAUGCUGGAAGAUGAAGAUGAGGAGGACGAGGAGGAGGAAGGGCGCUGGGAUUCGGACCCAGAACCUCCAGUCCUCCUUGUUUCAGAUCUAAAUGAUGACCUGCUGAGUGGCUCCUAUCUGACUGUCACUCUACAGCGCCCCCACAAGGCCAAGACACACGCUGGCUCCAUUGUUCCAAAGCUAGAGGCAGCCAUGGGUCUGAGGACAGCCGGAGGGGCUGCUGGUCUCCAGGGCUUCAUCCAGAGAAAGACUGCGCCAUCCAAAGCUUCCAGACUCCGGAGCACUGACACCACCUCUGACGGAGUAACCCCAAGAGGACCUGGCAGGCCACGUCUGCGGGGUGACCACAGAGGCUUUAGGGAUCACUCCUCAACUUCUUCAGAGGAAGAAGAGGCCGCUGCUCCUCCUGCGUCCUCCGCUCUGUCUCCGCCUUCCCUGCUGUCCCUGCCGUCCUUCAAGGAUGUGGGUAACGAGAGAGGAGGGGAAAAGGAGGUGUGGGUGUCUGUUUUCAGCUACUUGAACAGAGCCGAGCUGCUGGCCUGCAUGACCGUCUGCAAGGCCUGGUACAAGUGGACCUGUGACAAGCGUCUGUGGAGUCACGUGGACGUGAGUCGGUGCAGCCCGCUCAGUAACCUGGCACUGGCCGGCAUCAUUAAACGACAGCCAACCUCUCUGGACCUGUCCUGGACCCCCCUGGCCAAGAGACAGCUCAACUGUCUGCUCACAAGGCUCCCAGGUCUCAGGGAGCUGAGGGUAGCUGGUCUGUCCUGGCCCUGUCUGUCAGCAAUGGUCUCUCCCACUCUGCCCUACCUGCGGCUGCUGGACCUGCGCUGGUGUGAAGGCAUGAAAGAUGCCCAAAUUAAAGAGAUCCUCAUCCCACCUGGUUCUGAGUCGUCUCGCAGCAGGCUGAGGAACAUGGUGACGCUGCGUCUGUCUGGCCUAGACAUCAGCGAUUCCACUCUCAGACUGCUCCAACGCCACAUGCCCCAGCUGGAGAGACUGGACCUGGCUCACUGCAAGGACAUAACAGAUUCCUCUAUCGCCCUGCUGGCAGCAGCUGGGACUCACACCCGCAACAGUCUCACAGAACUCACACUGGCAGGCUGCAGUGAGCUGACAGACGGCUGUCUGUCUUACCUGAAGCGUCUUUCCUCUCUGGCUCUGCUGGACCUCAGAGGCUGUAAGAGCAUCAGCAGACGAGCCUGUGACGCCUUCAUCUCUGACCUGUCGCACAUUGCCCUCUACUGUAUGAUGGAGGAGAAGUUAAUCCAGCGGCUGGAUUAAGAAAACCUUUUUUUUUUUUUUCUAAAAAAACAGUGAGGUGGAAUAACGGUGCCUUGAACAAGCAGUGUGAAUGGGGCUACGGUUAUGGGAAGAGAAGAAGAGAUGCAAGCGUGACCUUCUUUGUUCAUUGUUCCGUUCCUUAACCUGGAGUUGGCUUUCAGAAACAUAGAACCUGACCAAAAUGAGUCGUCUCCAAAGCUCCUAAAAUGCCAAUGUGUUCCGAUUCCACAUGUGAAUGAAUACUUUUUAAUUAACUUUUUGUUAAUGGAAUCUGGCCAGCAGAUUGUCCUUUUCUCUAAUCUUGGUGCUAUCUUGAAAUUAAUAGCCUUUAUUUGUCAAGACUUAAUCAUUUUUUUAAAUAUCGGAAAUACUUCUGUAAAGAGUCUUGACUAUAAAGAUGUAAUCUUUCCAAGGUUAAUAUUCUAUCAUUGCUAAAAUUCACACUUAACAGGAAGUCUGGCUGAAUAUGAAACCACGGUGUACAGAUACAUCCUGACUCAUUGACCAGGAACAGGUUCCAUGUGUCACUGGGUGGUAUUCUGUAUGUGCAAUGUUUGUUUUCUUUCAUAGAUUUUCACACAAUUGAAUUGUACAAAAUACCCAUUACCGAUCAAUGAAAAUGUAAUUCUUCUACAGUAUUUCUAUUUGUAAGCAUUUGUUGAGAGCCUAAAGCAAUGAGUUUACAAACAUGGAAGCAUUACAUUCUUAACCGUAUGGACUACAGUGUGAGUCCCUGCCUACAUGUGUAUGAUCCACACCAGCCUGAACACAAGGAAAGCUGUGCAGAAACUAGGCCAUUAAUGUCAGCACGUACAAUACGCAGAUCGGGUGAGUCGACCCUAUCACCAACACACAUCUAUGAAAUGUGUGCAUGCCAUUAAAAAAAUGUUAAAAAAAAAAAAACAAG